UAAAACUGGAAGGUCUCUAGCUGUACUGUCGUCUUUAUCUGAACUUGAUAAUUUUAAGGAGAUAGACCGGUGAAACUCGACGACGACAACCGUAGACAUGGCGGACACUCUCGCUGCUUUGAGAUCUCUAAUGGCCGCUCACUCCCCUCCUCUGGAUGCGCUGGUUGUUCCAUCCGAAGAUUAUCAUCAGAGCGAAUAUGUGUCUGAGCGAGACAGGAGGCGCGAAUUCGUUUCCGGAUUCACUGGAAGCGCAGGUUUGGCACUCAUCACAAAGGAUGAAGCUAGGUUGUGGACCGAUGGCCGCUAUUUCUUGCAGGCGGCGCAGGAGCUUAGUGAUCAGUGGAAACUUAUGCGUAUUGGAGAAGAUCCUGCCGUGGAUGUUUGGAUGUCUGAUAACCUUCCAAGAGAUGCAGCUGUUGGUGUUGAUCCUUGGUGUGUGUCGGUGGACACUGCCCGAAGAUGGGAGCUUGCUUUUGCCAAAAAACAACAGAAGUUUGUGCAGACCACCACAAACUUAGUAGAUGAGGUUUGGAAAAAUCGACCACUAGCUGAAAUAAGUCCAGUUAUUGUUCAUCCAUUGGAAUUUGCUGGUCGUUCUGUAGCAGAGAAAUUAAAGGAUUUGAGGGAACAACUUGCCAAGGAGAAUGCUCGUGGAAUAAUCAUAACAGCACUCGAUGAGGUUGCUUGGCUGUACAAUAUUCGAGGGGGUGAUGUGCCUUACUGUCCUGUUGUUCAUGCAUAUGCUAUAGUAACAUCUAGUUCUGCUUUCCUUUAUGUGGACAAGAAGAAGGUGUGUUCUGAGGUAAACUCUUCCUUGAAAGAGAUUGGUGUUGAAGUUCGGGACUAUGAUGUUGUCAGUAUAGAUAUCGUCUUGCUCGCAUCUGAUCAGCUUGAUGCUACAUCUGCUCUUAGAAAAACUCAAGACAAAGUUACAUAUGAUGGAGGAAAAGACAAUACUGGAAAUGCUACAAGAGAAGUGGAAGAAAAAACUAAUGAUCUCAUAUGGGUUGAUCCUGGUUCAUGCUGCUAUGCUUUGUAUUCAAAACUAGAUGUUGAUAAGGUGCUGCUGCAACAGUCACCCCUGGCCCUUGCAAAAGCCCUAAAGAACCCAGUUGAGCUAGAAGGGUUGAAAAACGCUCACGUCCGGGAUGGUGCUGCCGUUGUGCAAUAUCUAGCAUGGUUGGAUAAGCAGAUGCAGGAGAUUUAUGGUGCCCCUGGUUUUUUCGUGGAUGGUAUUGGAGCAAAGAAAAUAAAGCAUCAGGAAUCCAUGAAACUGACGGAGGUGACUGUAAGUGAUAAGUUGGAGGAUUUUCGAGCAUCAAAAGAGCGCUUUAGAGGCCUAAGUUUUCCUACCAUUUCUUCUGUUGGUCCAAAUGCUGCCAUCAUCCACUACUCACCACAUGCAGAAACAUGUGCGAAGCUUGAUCCAGAUAGCAUUUAUCUAUUUGAUUCUGGGGCACAGUAUCUAGAUGGAACAACUGACAUAACUCGGACAGUGCAUUUUGGAAAGCCUUCUGCACAUGAGAAGACCUGCUAUACUAUGGUUCUCAAGGGCCAUAUUGCUUUGGGCAAUGCUCAAUUUCCUAAUGGUACAAAUGGUCAUGCUCUUGACAUUCUUGCUCGUGUUCCUUUGUGGAAGUAUGGUCUUGAUUAUCGACAUGGUACUGGUCAUGGAAUUGGGUCUUACCUAAACGUUCAUGAAGGACCUCAUUUAAUUAGUUUCAGACCACAAGCCCGAAAUGUGCCACUUCAAGCUUCCAUGACGGUAACAGAUGAACCUGGGUACUAUGAGGAUGGCAGCUUUGGUAUAAGAUUAGAGAAUGUGCUGAUAGUCAAGGAGGCGGAUACAGAAUUCAAUUUUGGUGACAAGGGCUACUUAUCAUUUGAGCACAUAACAUGGACACCGUAUCAGAAAAAGCUGAUCGACUUUAGCCUACUGACACCCGAAGAGAUUGAAUGGCUGAAUACCUAUCAUUCAAAAUGUAGAGAUAUCCUUGGCCCCUUCAUGGACGAACGUGAGAAGGCAUGGCUCAAGAAAGCCACCGAACCUGUAAAUGCCUAACUAUGGCAGGGAAGUCAUUUAUAUCUCAUGUAAAUGGAUUUGUUUUAUUUUCUUAGACCAUCCAUUAUCUUCAACAAGUAUAUUUAUGUAAGAUUUCUACGCAUAAUUCUAUCUGGAAUAAAUUUUAUGAAAUUGA